AUGACUCUUCAAGGGCCUUCCCGUACUACCUACGAUCCUGCUCAGUCCGAUCUGAUGAGGAAUAAGAAGGAAAACCCUUUCUUGUUCCAGAUGCCUCGAGGUGAAUUCAACAUUGGCUCGGAUUGUCCCCAAAAGAACAAGAACGCGCUUUAUCGACUUGAUGGCAAGAUAUGUGCGAUUACACGCGAAUCUGAUUCUAUGAUCCAAGUCUGUCAUAUCAUACCUAGCAGCAUCGGUCCUGCAAUUAUGUAUGCUCACGAAUUGACAGUGGAUGCCAGCCUCCAUGGCGCGUUUGACAGGCUUCAAUGGACUUUCGUUCCUGCGCAAUCGACUAUCGACCAUUUGAAAUCCUACAUCGAGACUCACGAACAACCUGAAUACCAUGAUUUUUUCAAUUCCGAGGACAGCACCAUCCAGGCCAAGUGGUUUGCAUAUGAAAUAGCCACGUUUCCGGACUUGGUCCGUCCUAUCGUCAUUCGGAAGCACCCCCCGACCCGACUACCUGCCCAUCACUCCGAAUUUGAUAUCUACGUUCCGAAACUGCUCCAGCCAGAUAGGCUUGAUACUCAAUCAGUGUAUCGAGAUGCCAAUGGUGGCAUUCUCCCGACGUUUUACCAUCAUGCACAUCCAUAUUUGGUCUGCUUGGCGGCAUCGGCCCGAUACCUGCAGAACGCGGACCGCCUCUCACCCUCACAAAUCCAACGUCACAAUUCGAUAUGCGAAGUGCUGGAUGCGUGGUUGGAUAAAUGCAAGCGCAUCAGAGACGACGAAGUUGAUACUGAUGGAGAAUCCGUAUUGGAUGGCCCGGAUGACCCCAAUCCGCCCUCGAAAGAAAGCUUCUUCGACAAUCCUUUCAUCGACGAAGGAUCAUCAUUCGACGAGCCGGGAUCUGGCGGUUUUCCAUCAUCAACAUCCGGUGCGAAACGGGUUUCCGAUUCGGGCGCCGAUCACGGCGGGAAGAAACGACGAGUUGAGCUCAAUCCAAACUGCAAUGUUGACGCCGUUGCGGAAGGUCCACCUACACUCCCUCUGCAGAUGGCAAAACUUCAUCCGUCCAAUUUGUUGUUGUUGGAUAUGUUGCAGGAUGCUCAUGACUUCGAAGUCAUAGAAGAUCUCAAUAGCGAUGGCGCGUCAGAAGCUUGCUCUUGCGAAUCCCAUCAUGGAGAUCCCGGCCGGUGUGAUCCACAUGAAGACGUGGAUAACGAUACCCCGCCGCUCUGCGGUUUGCACGAUGGUCAAGAUUACGUCACACACCCUGUUUCUGUUCCAACGUGGCUGAACAGUGUCAAGGGCACCCCCGGAGUCAUACCCUCAUCCUCUGCGGCUUUGGGCAAUCCUUCCUCAUGA